AUGGAUAGUAUUAUUGAUGCGCCUGGGGUGCAGAACCCCGUUACAAUACUUCUUAUGGGACUACGAAGGUCGGGAAAAUCGUCCAUUUGCAAAGUUGUUUUUCAUAAUGUCCAGCCGUUGGAUACAUUAUAUCUCGAGAGUACAACAAAACCAACCACGGAAAAUUUCAAGUCGUUGAUUGAUCUUGCAGUGGUGGAACUUCCAGGCCAAUUGAAUAUGUUUGAGCCCUCAUUGUAUGAUUCCAAAAAGCUUUUUUCGUCUAUUGGUGCAUUAGUUUAUGUCAUAGAUUCUCAGGAUGAGUACUUAAGCGCACUUCAAAAUCUUGCCGUUAUAAUAAAAUAUGCAGUCAGUGUCAAUCCGAAAAUUCAUAUUGAGGUCUUAAUUCACAAAGUUGAUGGUCUUUCGGAAGACUAUAGACUUGAUACACAACGUGAUAUCAUGCAAAGGGUCGGCGAUGAUUUGCUUGAUUACGGUUUGGAAGGGGUCCAAAUUUCUUUUUAUCUCACAUCCAUAUUUGAUCAUUCCAUUUAUGAAGCCUUUUCCAGAAUUGUUCAGAAGCUUAUCUAUGAACUUCCAGCAUUGGAAAACAUGCUAGACUUACUUAUGCAGUAUAGCAAUUUUGAUAAAGUUUUCUUAUUUGAUGUGAAUUCCAAGAUUUACGUCGCUACUGACUCCUCCCCGGUUGAUAUUCAAACAUACGAAGUCUGUGCUGAAUUCAUUGAUGUUACCAUUGAUUUGGACGGACUUUAUGAACCUCCACGUAAAAUCGAUGGGCCUGAUUCAGUAGCGCUUGGUGCAAGGAAUUCAUCGGUCCAAUCAUCUUCUCAAUUUACGUCGCCAAAUUCAAUUGUUCCAGAAACAAAAAAUUCAGAACUUGAUCCAAUAUAUGUGGCAAAACCUACGAGAUGUAUUUCGAAACUCCAGAAUGGAACAACGUUGUAUUUGUAUCAGAUGAUUAGAGGCUUAGCUCUUGUUGGAGUUAGUAGGUUGGAAGAAGGGGACGAGGCUACUUCAAUAACAGUUAUUGAUCAUAAUGUGAAUAUAUUUAAAAAGAGUUUGGAAAAAAUGUGGGAGAAGUCGAGAAUCAAAUGA